AUGCCGUCAAUUCUUUCAGAGGCUGACAAGGAGAUCGUCAAGCGCACCGUUCCCAAGGCUGCCAACAAAAUUCAAGCUGUCGCUGUCGCUCGACUCUAUAUUGCCCAUCCGAACCGAAGUAAAUGGACUUAUACCGGUCUCCAAGGGGCCGCGGUCUUGUCCAACGACCUCGUCGGAAACACUUUUUGGAUUAAACUGGUCGAUAUCUCUCCUGCGAACAGGGGUGUGAUAUGGGAUCAAGAAAUCUACGACACCUUCCAAUACAACCAAGAUCGAACCUUUUUCCAUUCCUUCGAGUUGGAACAAUGUAUGGCCGGUCUAUCCUUCGUCGACGAAAGAGAAGCGAGGCAGUUCAAGAAGAAAAUGGAUGAGCGGGAAAAGAAUGCCAGCAAGCACACAAAAGCACAACCUUUUGCCUCUGUUGCCGGCGGUGGUCAGGUAUUUGUACCCGGCAGUUCUCAUAAACAUCAUAGCAGAGUGGGAAAUUUUCUUCGUGGCCACAGACACAGUUCCAGCCCGGUCCAGCUGCAACAGCCGCAGUCCAUCGCUCCUCCGCCUAUCUACGGCCCAGCCGGUGCAAGUCGUCCUCAGAGUAGUGCUGGAGCGGGAGGGAUUGACUUGGCUGAUCCAACGUGGAGGCCGAUAUUGGAUGAACUCAUCCAGAUGGGUAUUACUGAGGACCAAAUCGCCCAGAACGCAGACUUUAUCAAGAAUUACGUUCAACAGAAACAGGCGGAGGAAACGGCCAACGGAAUCGCACAAACUCUACCUACAGCUACCGAGAGCAGAUCGAGGGCCCCUCCUCCUCCUCCACCCCCAUCAGCACCUCCUUCGCGAAUAAGCCCGGAGAAUACUGGAACAACAACUUCAUCAGGUAGAAGAGGUCCUCCACCAGCUCCACCGCCGGCGCGAAGACCAGUGGGAGGUAGAGCACCAUCACCACCUCGAUCAACUUCUCCUCCAAGGACACCAUCUCCUGCGCCGAGUGCGCAACCAAGAUUCCGCGCUCCUCCGCCCAUCGCAGACGCCGGGAAAUUUGCAGUCAAAGAAGGCCCGGCCGUCCAUCCUUCAAGCCGGUCUCGGGCCUCAUCAGGCUCCCUUGCCAACCCAGGUCCUCCGCCUCCACCUCGUCCGCCGAAAUCACCAAUUGACGAAGAGCCUGUUGGAAUGUUCAAAGUGCCUCCUCCAUUUACUGGUGAACGAAAAUCUCCAGCACCUCCACCACCCCCGAGUCGUGGCCCUGUUCCCCCACCGCCUCCAAGUCGAGAUACUUCUACUCACACCGUGCCACCGCCAUUGCCGCCCAAAGCAGGGCCACCUACUCAUUCUACAGCACCGGUCUUCAAUCCCCCACUCCCCCCUCCACCGCCCGGCCGGAACAAUGCCUCUCCUUUACCACCUCCCAACACUCGAGCGGUUCCCCCUCCACCAACAGGAGCCGGAGCAGCAGCAGCACCUCCUCCUAUACCUUCAUCGCCCGGACCACCGCCUCCACCGCCUCUUCCUUCAUCUUCAGGACCCCCUCCCCCACCACCACUCCCUUCGUCCUCUGGACCACCACCUCCACCGCCUCUUCCUUCAUCUUCAGGACCUCCCCCACCUCCACCACCCCCUUCGUCCUCUGGACCACCACCUCCCCCGCCCAUGCCCGGAAAUUCAGGCCCAGCUCCUCCUCCCCUACCUUCCGUCGGUGGAGACGGCCGCGACGAGCUUCUUGCAGCGAUCCGCGGUACAGGAGGUAAAGCCGGCGGUGGAUUACGUAAAGUCAAGGAAAGUGAGAAACGUGAUCGUUCCGCAGCCAUGGUACCAGGUGCAGAGUCUAGUGCUUCCCCUCCCCCUCCUGGUGCGCCGGGUAGUCCAGCUGGCACUGCUGAUCAAGGAGGACUUGCCGGAGCGUUGGCAGCGGCUCUUAGUCAGAGAAAGAAGAAAGUUAGUGGAAGUGACGAUGAAAAGGAUGAUGACGACGAUUGGUGA